UUGCCCUACUGUCUCGAUGCAUCGUUGAAAAAGUCCUGGGACGUUCCGGGACGUCAUGACCGCCCCGAUGCCACGGAACUGGAGCCAUUUUUAUGUGUUGCAUGUCGGGAGGAGCGGCUCUCCCGCUGGAAACUGGGUUACCGCGUCGCUUCCGUUCGAAUUUCUCCUCCGCUCGUCGCCCAGAGAUAGUUUUAUGUGUCGUGGUUAAAAAACGUGCUCCCUGGUUUGUUGAGAUAUAAUUCUAUACGCGGUGUCGAUGCGGUUGCUUAGUAAAGGAAAUUUGUGCAGGCAGAAAAGGCGUGAAUUCGGAUUUCGGGGGUGAGAAAAAGUGAUACGUUGUGAUAUUAGUCAAGUGACUAACAGUUGUCAAGUAUAGAGAAGCGGGGAUUUGGACAUUAAGGUAACAGAUGUUUGUAGAUUUCUGCUGGAUUCAUCACAACAUUUUGUGCGGAGACAGAAACGUGGAUCUACACACAUAAGGAAAGGGAAACGUGUUGAGGGGAGAGUGCGCGGAUAGAUUUCGUGGAUCGUGGUAGUUGUAGGGGAAUAUCAUAUGGGAAAAGGAAAAGCGCGGAUUAAUUAAUGAAGAAUAAAUUAUUCUUUUUCUUCUCUUGGCGGACUUCUCGUGGAGUAUUAUGCGGGCAAAGGAGAUUUGUGUGGUGAAGAAAUGUUGGCCAGACAUUUGAAACUAAUUAUGUUGAGGGUGGCAAUAAUUGAUCUGGGUUGAAUUGGUGAAGUUGUCAAAGAAAAUCGUGCAGAGACGCGCAUAUGUGUGUUGACCGAAUUGGACCGAACUUGUCGGGAAAAAUUGCGCAGGUGAAAUAGACUGGGUCGGUUCACUGAAGGGGGAUAAAUGUGAUCAAAUUCAAGAGUGUGCGAAAGCAGUUAUGAAGCAGUGCGAACAGAUUUUGUGAAUCGGUGGACUUGUUGAUAAAUAUUGGGCAAGAAGAGAAGACUAGAUUUAGGAAGAGAAAUAUUGGGAAUAAAGAUCUUACACGGUGUAAUUAAUAUUUAGACCGAGAGAUGCUAUACGGAGCAAAAAGGUGUGGAUCCAUGUAUUGAGUGAGGAAAUACGUGGUACCUGCGUUCGAUGAGAAAAUAUUUCGCGAUUGACUGUUAUUUAGGAUUUCGAAAGAGAAAAGUACCGCAGCCCUGUGUUCAAUAUAAUCAAUAUGUAAUUAAUAUGAUUAAUAUCGAGAAAAAAAACGUACGAGUAUGCAGGUUGGAGGAAAAUGAAUCUGUGCUCGGAGAAGAGAAAUGGCGCGACGGAGAUAUUCUUAUUCAUAUUUUCCGAAAAAUUUGAUGAGCUAAUAUUCUUUUCAAAGAAAGUGACAGAUAUCGUUCCGUGAUAGGAAAACUGCAGAUCCAUUAACAAAAAUGGGAAUAUAAAAACUAUAUGGAUCAUUUAAAAAAUGCCACCUGUAUGCUCCAGAAAAUUAAAAGUCAUCUGAACAAAUCCCCGUGAAUCUGAAGAAGUAUCCUUUAUGCAGAAAAGUAUUUAGAGCAAUUGUGAAUUUUGUUUGCUUCAAUAGAAUUUUCUUUUUCGCUUGAGAAAGAAUUCUUCCUAAACAAAAUUGUAAAUUUUUAACGCCGAGAAAAACUGGAGAUUUUGUUGGUAUGAAACAUGUCUUCUGCAUGUCGAAGUAAACCAUCGAUUUUUACUCCUCUUGAAGAUUCGUUCGUCUGUCAAGGAACAUCGCGAAUUGGCCUUGUUUAAGAAAUAUCAUCAUUAAUGGAAAGAAUUACGUAUAAAUUCGUGAUAAUAAAAAUUGUAGAUAUUUAUCUAUGAUUUUAAGUGAUGGAUCUUUUUAACGAUUAGGAUGCUGUUAGAAAGAGAAAUCUCCUAUGAAAAAAUGCAGAGAGAUUUAGAGAAUUCGUGGGAGAAGGACGAUUGUUAAAGGAUCUGAGUCUCAAAGAGUGAUGAUCGAUGGAGCUUGAUGGAAGGAGGAUAAAUCUGAAGAAUUUUGUUCGCAUGCGGAAAAGUCGCCAAGUGUAUUACUCUUCUAAGAACAUGGCACAAAAUUAGACUGAUAGACGUCGAGAACGAUGGAGAUCGAGUGAUUUCGGCAAAGGACCGACAAGUAGUUUUAGAUGUUUUGUAUGAGUCAGUGAAAUCGAUUGGUGCGUCAAUUGUUAGUGCUUCGGAAAGUGUUUCCCCGAUUUUCCUCGUCAAAGGAUUACGCGUGGUGGCCGGAUCCUUCCGUUUCGCGAGACAAUCCCUGGUAUGCGUAGUACGGGCGUAGGGCUCGUUCCGGGACUAGUGAAGGGAUCAAAAGAGGGUCGUCUGACCGCUCUUGAGCGGUUCGAGGGCCGGUGAACACGAAAGGGCGAGCAACCACCUUGCCGACGACCAGCAACCCUCCCGUCCGUCACUGUCGACGAACAACAGAACAGAUGUCCUGACAGUGGGCCCCGGGCCACCAGGAUGCCGACAGACGACGACUAUGGCCGAAGAGAUCGUCUCCUGUUGCACCAGCACCCGAUCGCACAAUACGGAUCCUCAUCAUCCCCGCUACCCGGAUCGAACACGCCGAGUUCCGGCGGCUUGGGGACUCAGAUUGGUUCCAACAAUCUCGGUGAUUGCUUUAAGCAGCAAAUACAGCAACAAUCGUCCGACUUGCGUUCGGUCACGAGUACGGCAAGCCAAUCGGGUCAAGAACGUCACCAGUCGGACCAACAGACCCAAAGCAACGAGCAUGGGACCCGAAUGGUUGAUCGACACGAGAAAUCCGUGGAGAAGCCUACAAUUGAUUUCUCCAAGUGCGGAGAGGGUCGUCCGUCGAGUUGUGAGCGCUUUGGGCAUUAUCAGACCCAAAGCAGCGAGCAUGUGGGAGGAUGGAUUGGGGUUGAGCGGCACGAGAAGACCGUGGAUAAGUCUUGUAUCGAUUACUCAAAGUGUGGAGAGGAUCGUCAGUCGAGUUGUGAACGUUUCGGACAUUAUCAGGCUCAAAGCGGCGAGCACGUGGGGAAUCGAAUGGGGGGCGAACGGCACGAGAAAUCAUCUGAUAAAUUGUCGGUCGAUUUUAGCAAGUGCACCGCCGAUGGUCGACAGUCGAGUUGCGAACGUUUCGGGCAUUAUCAGACUUCGACAUUUGGUCAGUCCUCAUUGCAGGGACACUAUGGCGGUGCACACGCAAGUGCUGAUCGUUUCACGCGAUUCAAUGACGUCAGCACGUUGCACGGCGAACAACGAACCUCGAACGAUCGUUACUCGGUCUGCAACCCGGAGUUGCGCUUUGACACGACAGGCACGAGCGGGUCCAGCGAGUAUGCGAACACGAAUGCGCUCACAAGCUCUUUCGUUUCGGAGACGUUCCCAUCGCCGCCGUCGCCAGCACCGGCGAAUGACCGCUUCGUCCCACCACCGCCAUUGUCACCCAGUCCGAGCGAGAAGUACGCUUCGAGCCAGAGCUUGGCUGGUUACCCUUCUGUUGAUCGCAUUUUGCCCCCCAAUUCUCCGGGGCCCAAGUAUGGUGUCGACAAUGCCGCUACAGCAUCGUCGAUGCCCGCCAAGGAGCGCUUUGCUUCCGCCGAACGGCUGCUGGCCAAUCAACAGUCAGAUACAGGUGACGCUAAGGAUCAACAACGUUACGCUGGACCACCUGAUCGCCUGCUUUCGGGAUCCUCUCCGAUCCUGGGAGGACUUCAGGCCGGACUCCAGGGCAGCGCGGUCUACGCUAAAGAUACUCGCUACGCCGCCAUUUCCGCUGAUAGGAUAUUAUCCUCCUCGCCAAUACACGCUCCGGUGCCUGAAAGAUUCGUUGACAAAUCGGAAAGGUAUUUGGGUGAGUCACCCAUUCACGAUAGGUAUCCACGACAAGACCCAUCAGCACAUCACGAGCGGUAUUCGGCGAUGGCGACGACCACUGAGAGGUUCCUCUCGAAUUCGCCUAAUCCUGAGAGCGCGCAUCAGCGCUAUUCAUCGUCAGAUCGCUCAUCACUUCAGACUUCCUCGAGUAAUACCGAGCAAAAUCGACGCCUCUACACCGACAGAGGAGUUGAGACGGUUUGCCAGAAGUAUACUGAUCGGUCCAUCGGCUCUCCAGCGUCCGCUGACUUCGGUCGAUACUCAGGUUUCUCGGAAGUCGGCAGUCAAACACGAUACGUGUCCAGCAACGAUCGUUUUAACGACCUCGCUCUACAGCGUUGCAGUCAAUCGCGAUCGAUUGAUAGGUUCUCCAGUGAUCGAUACCUGGCUGGAUCGUCACCCGCACACGACGGCAGGCUAUCCAAUGCCGAGACGCCGCGUUACAUCGUUUCCUCUACUGAACGUCUGUUGGCACCGACAUCUUCUUCGUCGUCCUCCUCGUCAGAGACUGAUAAGUGCUCCAGAUAUCAUUCGCCCUAUACAACGACCACCGGUACUCAAUCUUCGGCCUCCAAUGAGCGCUUUGCGUCAAUCUCGCCAACGUCGGAAGCGUCGAACGUCCACCGCAGCGGCAAUGGUGGUUACCAGAAUACGAAGAAUACCGUUGACAAAUAUUUGGUCUCGAAGUCGGUUCAGAGCAAUUAUGAUCGCUACUCGGUCGGCAGUCAGAAUGAUCACCAGUUCGGCCAAGACCGAUACUUUACUACAGGCAAUAGCGGUGACCGAUUUCAGACUUCUCCCGGAACUGAUCGUUUUCAUACUCCUGCUGAUCGCUAUUCGCCAGCACGUAGCGUCACGGACAAGUACCUGUCCUUGCCGAAGCCUAAGGACAGGUUCACCGGCCGUAUAACACCCAUAUCUUGUACCACCGCCGUCUCGACGUCCUCCACCGAUCGCACUUACGGCUCGCCUAACGUGAGCUACGUACCCCCAACUGCGCACACCCCAGUUGAACGAUACGUGCCCCAACCGCCUCCCGAAGUGCUCUAUCCGGAUAGAUAUGUAGAUAGAUAUGUGCCACCUGCAGCGCACACACCAACCGAUCGAUAUGUACCCGCGAGCGAUCCAGGGGAUCCAUACAUGCGUCGCGACCUUGGCUUUCAUCACCAUUAUCGGCUGCCGCCCUCCGGUUAUCCGUAUCAGACGCAUUUCCGGUUCCGUGGAUUUGCAUACGCGACGUCCAGUCGAUUGGGUGGCAGUCCUGGGUCCAGCAGCUCCAGCAGCACGACGUCUAAUCAGCGCGAGACGUUCGCCACGUCGCCAUUGCUGAGACCUAAAGUGCGUACUUCCGCAGUUGAAUUUGGUGCAGCUACAGGUGCUGCCGGCACCGUCGGCACCGCUGGCACUGCGACGACCACAACAACCGCCAACAUCGGUGUCGGCCGUCACGUGUGCACGAAUCCAGCCGCCUGUUGCGGAGACGUAUCCACCAACGGCAGAGCUUGCUGCCAGAUGAGGAGGUCUUUGCCACCUGGAACACUACCGGCGAUACCUACGCAGACUUCUUCAUGGCAACCAUCACCGAGUUCCGGCACGACUGGCACCUCGACGAUAUCGUCGACGACCGGCGAAGGAGACACAGUACAGAGUAUCGGAAUGUAUCCGGUGAGCGUCACGACGUCGUCAGCUGUGACGACGGCGACGCCAGUGACGACGGCGUCGGCGACCGUGCCGCUGGCCCCUUCCGGCGUCGCCGCUGUAAGUUCUGGCAUCGCCAGGAGCGUUUCCGCGCCAAACGCACCGCGGCCGAUCGUCCAGAUUAGCAGUUCUUCGGCGAGUGCCUCGACAGCGCAACGGCCAAGGCUAAAAAGGAAUCAAAGCCGCACCGAGGCCAUCCGAAACUAUAUUAGACGCGAAACAGCGCAGUUCUUCGGGGUUGAUGAGGAAUCGGAAGCCUCGGAGAAGCAGAGAUGGCUGGAUCGACGACGACGUAUGGCGUCGAGGAAGUACGGUGCACUCGUACCGGAACACAGGCCGCCGGAUCCGGACAUCACUCGGGACGUACCGGACACUACCGAGACGCCGGAAGGUGUCACUCUCAGACGAUGGCAACAACCAGUCCGGAGGAAAGAUUCUGUAGCGAGGAUGACGCUGUCAGGUCUUCAUUACAUCGUAGAGUCGUUGACAAGGCAGCGUCCUCGCGAGCGCUCACAAUCACGUCCGGAAUCACGCAGCUUUCCACCGAGCACGAUCGCAUAUCUGUCGAGGACAGAUCCCGAGGACAGGCCUGACAGCGGCCAGGACGAAGACGAGUCCUUCUUUGAGAGGCCCCCGCCGCCACCACCGCCCCUUCCGCUUCCGCCGUCAUCUCAACAAUCGCAGACGCAAAUCGAUCAGACUGCCAGUGGACUGGUCAAGGAUGAAGAGGUCGGCGUUAAAAUAAUAAAUAUUCUCGACACUACGCAGGAUCGCGAGGGGAUUAAUACCGAAGAGUUAGUUGGGUUUGCACAGCAAAAGGAUGACAGGACGACGGUCGACGGACAAGUCAGGCGACCCCGUUCGAUCACGAGGGACCACUAUAUUUCCAGAAAAACAAGUUGGAGCAGGUCGAAGUACGAUGCGCCUCCGGCGGAGGGUACAAGGGUGCCACAAGAGGAGGGGGUGACUCUUCGCAGCCGGGAGAUAGCCGGGGCCACGAGGAUCUCCCGUAGCACGAUCGAUCGUGUCUUUGACAACAGUAAUCGGCGACGAUACGGGAUGGGCAUUGUCGGUCGCUUCUUUGGGCGAUCUUUUCGGAAAAGCGUUGCGCACAAACCGGACAUAAAGAAGCAGUUAGACAAUUUCGAGGAUCAUCGACCGUAUUUCACGUACUGGAUCACUACUGUGCAAGUAUUGAUUCUGAUAAUAUCACUGGCGUGUUACGGAUUUGGUCCUGUCGGGAUGGAUCUCAAUCAUCGAUCUGGAUUGGUUCUUGUAACAAGUUUGUCAUUACAACAAGUCGACUAUCAAGAACCCGCGAACUUCUGGCUGGGUCCUAGGGCCGCAGAUUUGAUCCAUCUUGGCGCCAAGUUUGCACCGUGUAUGCGUCGUGAUAUCAAGAUCCUAAAAGAGAUCGAUGUAUGGCGGGAAAGAGAACGGGAUACUGCUUGUUGCAUUAGAAAUGACGAUUCCGGCUGCGUUCAAUCCAGCAAAGCAGAUUGUUCUAAUACAAUAUCAACCUGGAAGAAGUGGGGACCUGGAGACAGUGGGCCUGGCGGUCGCAUUAGUGGAUCAGUUUGUGGGCUGGAUCCUAAGUUUUGCGAUGCCCCAGCAAGUAUCGCACCUUACGAGUGGCCAGACGACAUCACCAAGUGGCCAAUUUGUCGGAAAACCAAUCCCUUUAACCAACGUUUCAGUAAAAACGGGGGUCAACGGGGCAACGCCAAUUUUCCGAUCGGUCGUUACAAGGAUAAGAUGGCGGAGCACAUGGUGUGCGAGGUAAUCGGUCACCCUUGUUGUAUCGGGAUUCACGGGAUGUGUCGGAUCACCACGAAAGAGUACUGCGAUUUUGUCCACGGUUACUUUCACGAGGAAGCGUCCCUGUGCUCCCAGGUGGAGUGUUUGCACGAUGUCUGCGGAAUGAUACCGUUCCUGCAUCCAGAAUGGCCAGACCAGUUCUACAGACUCUUUACCACCAUUUUUCUUCAUGCCGGAAUCGUCCAUUUGAUAAUUACGUUGCUGAUCCAAUACUUCCUGAUGAGAGAUUUGGAAAAACUGACAGGCUCGUUGCGCAUCGCUUUGAUCUAUUUUAUUGGUGCUCUUGCUGGGAAUUUAGCCAGCGCAAUAUUUGUCCCUUAUAGGGCAGAAGUUGGUCCAGCCGGCGCACAUUUCGCUCUGCUUGCCACGUUGGUGGUCGAAGUGCUGCAUUGCUGGCCAAUGCUGAAGCACCCGCGUCGCACAUUAUCUAAGCUGAUCCUGAUUCUGUUGGGACUAUUGACGCUGGGUAUCCUGCCAUGGAUAGAUAAUUAUGCGCAUCUAUUUGGCUUUAUCUUCGGCUUUUUGGCGGCCUACGCGCUGAUGCCCUUUAUCUCGUUUGGCCAUUACGACCGUAGACGGAAGAUCUUACUGAUUUGGGUCUGCAUGAUUCUGAUUGUGGGCUUGUUCGCCUUGUUACUCGCCCUCUUUUACAACGUACCGGUGUACGAGUGUGAAGUGUGCAAACUGUUCAAUUGCGUGCCGUUCACCCGUGACUUUUGCGCCUCCCAGAACAUCAAUUUCAAGCGAGAGGAGCCAGUAUGACAUACGGAGCCGCGGUUCACAGUCGAGCGUGAAAUUAUUCCGCUCGUCCCCCGACUUUACGCUCCUCAUCGUCGCACGCAUCAUUACAAUAUUAUACCAUUACCAUUCGCCACGCUCGUUCU